AUGACUUCGCUUAAAGAUCGACAACUUUCUAGAGAUGAUGUUGAGGAUAUGAUUGCGCGAGGCCAGCACGUGGUCGUCUGGCACGACCGGGUGCUCCGUCUCGACUCGUGGCUAGAGUUUCACCCUGGCGGGUACAAGGUUGUUGAACACAUGGUCGGCCGCGACGCGACACAAGAGAUUGAAGUGCACCACUCAGAUGAGACUCUUCUUAAGGCACAGAAUUACAUUAUAGGCAAGAUCGAACUUCCCUGGGAUAAUUUUCGACCUCCUGUUCAAGGUGGAUUCUUUCGUACUAAGGCUCAAAUGGCCAUCACUGAUGAAGAGGAACAAAAGACAAUUGAACUUGUGUCCCCUCACCGAUUGCAAAAAAAUCACAAGGUUUCUCUUUACGAGUUCUACCGGCUACCACGCGAGGCCGACGAUAGCCUGGAUGUCGAAUUCGAAAGUGUCACAGAGCGCAUUAUUGAACAAUACGACCGCAACUUGCUCAAAAAGGAUAGAGAAUCAUUCCCGCCGUGUGAUCAUCAAACCCAGGAUGCUAUUGUUGAGCGGUUUAAUCAACUUCACAAACUUGUUCAAGAAAAGGGCCUAUUUCAAUGCAACUAUUGGGGAUAUUUUCGCGAGUUUUGCCGCAUUUCGACUUUACUAGUUGUAUCUUACUACACCUUUCAGAAACACUGGCUUUUUGUGUCGGCCGUCUGUCUUGGUUUGGCAUGGCACCAGAUGACAUUUAUUGCACAUGAUGCAGGCCACCAGGCUAUUACACACUGGUACCAAGUUGACAAUCUGAUUGGCACUAUUGUGGCAGACUUUUGUGGUGGCCUGUCACUUGGCUGGUGGAAACGUAACCACAAUGUGCAUCACAUUAUUACAAACGAUCCUGUUCAUGAUCCAGAUAUUCAGCAUCUGCCCUUCUUUGCAGUAUCUACUCGUCUUUUUGGUGAUGUUUUUUCUACUUAUUACGAGCGGUUUCUUGCAUUCGACAUUGUAGCCAAAUACAUGAUUCGCGUCCAAAACUACACAUACUACCUCAUUCUAUGUUUUGGCCGCUUCAACCUUUACCGUCUUUCACUCGAGUACGUUCUUCUUGGCCAGGGUCCUCGCAAGGGCCGCAGUGCAUGGUUCCGGUAUCUUGAACUUGUUGGUCUUGGAUUUUUCAUCUAUUGGUUCUUUUACUUGGUCGUCGCAUGUUCUAUUCAUUCAGCCGGUGAGCGCUGGAUGUACGUUAUGGUGAGCCAUAUUGUGACCAUGCCUGUGCAUGUACAAAUCACACUUUCACAUUUUGCCAUGUCAACGUCGGAUCUCGGUCUUGAUGAGAGUUUCCCCCAGCGCCAGCUGCGCACAACCAUGGAUGUAGACUGUCCAGCCUGGUUUGACUAUGUUCAUGGCGGACUUCAGUUCCAAGCCAUCCACCAUUUAUUCCCGCGCAUGCCGCGUCAUAAUUUUCGCAAGGCUCAGCCCUACGUCAUUGACUUUUGCAAGGACGUUGGUCUUGAGUACACAAUUUAUGGAUUUCACAAGGGUAAUAUGCAUGUUAUCGAUAAGCUUGCUGAGAUUGCGCACCAAGCGUCUAUUCUCGCAGAUUGUACUGGCCAUCUCCAGCAAGAAUCUUUUGAGUUUAUGGUCGGGAAGGCUGCUGAUGUCAACAAGUCUUUACAGGACGCUGUUAUUUCGCAGAAGCGCCACCAAUUUGACAUUGAAAUGUCCAACCGUGUCCGUCUUUAA